AUGAAUCGUCCAAGAAGAGGCGGGGAUAUCUCUGCCAUCUUUGUCCACGCAGGGGCAGGGUUCCAUAGUCAUCACAACGAAAGAGCCCAUUUGGAAACCUGCGAAAAUGCUGCCAAAGUGGCAAUGGCAAUGCUUAAAAAUGGCGGGACCGCAGUCGACGCUGUUGAAAUCGCUAUCAUGUUGUUGGAAGAUGCCGAGAUCACCAAUGCAGGCUAUGGCAGUAACCUAACUAUCGAUGGCUCUGUCGAGUGUGAUGCUACAAUUGUCGAUCACAAAGGACGAAGCGGUGCAGUUGGUGCAGUGGCUCAAGUCAAAAAUCCAAUUUCAUUGGCACGAGUGGUCCUGGAAGCUUCGACGAAACCCCUGUCUUUGCAGAGAGUGCCUCCCAACUUCCUUGUAGGAUCGGGCGCGGUAGACUUUGCAUACGAACAUGGGCUGGUGGUGCUCCCCCAUGAUGGUCUAAUAUCCGUGGCAGCCAAGGAGAGAUGGAAUCGCUGGCGACAUGACCUGGAAGAUGCCGCGGAGAGGGAGAGACAGCAAAGUCCGACACGGUAUAGUCACAAGGCAUACGUCCGUCAACCUGUUCCAGUCCAUCCGGCCCAAUUACUCGCUACCCCUUGUAGCAUCGGACCUAGUUCGUUGGCUAGUUCUCCUCUGGCUUCCCACCCAACCAGCAACUACGUACCUGCAGACAACAUACGUGAUCGUACCUCAGCUCAAGAAGCACAGGGGCUCACUCCACCAGCCGAUCAAAACAGUGAGUACUCUGACUCGAGCAGGGCCAAAGGCGGUGGGUACAUCGAUGGUGCUUUUCCUGAGACGGGAAAUACUUCAGGUGCCUUGAAAGGAAGUGCUCUCCGUGACUCUAGUUCCGCUUCAAACGUGAAUCUCUCGGAGCACCCAGCUGUCCCCCCUGAGACUGGCCACUCAUCUAUGGACAUUGACCCGCCCGGAGAACCAAACCAGCAUCAUACAGACGCCGAUCAUAUUACAGACACUGUUGGAGCGAUUGCAGUAGAUCGCUAUGGAAAUAUUGCGGCAGGAUCGUCUUCCGGUGGUAUUGGCAUGAAGCAUCGUGGUCGAGUUGGACCUGCAGCGUUGGUAGGCAUAGGCACCAAUAUAAUUCCCGCUGACCCCAACGAUCCUGAAAAAACUUUUGUGGCUACUGUGACAUCUGGAACUGGCGAGCAUAUUGCUACAACUAUGGCAGCCAGUACUUGUGCAUUGCGAGUUUACUACAGCCAGCGUAAAUGCGAAGACGGUGCAUUUGAAUAUGUCUCCGAGGACGAAGCUAUAAGGGAAAUGAUCAAGAGUGAUUUUAUGGACCAUCCUGGUGUGAGGGGUAGCCUUUGUCAAGGUGCUAUUGGAGUCAUGGCAGUGAAAAAGACCGUUGACGGGAUUUUUCUUUUCUUUGGCCAUAACACCGACUCGUUUGCACUCGCUUCCAUGAGUAGUGAGGACAAGAAACCUGUGUCUGUCAUGUCUCGUAGCAGUGGAAACGGGGGCAUUGCUCAAGGCGGCCGUGCUUGUCGACACAAGAGGUACGUACAUAAAAGCUGCUAUGACCUCAUUGAUUAUCUGCAAAAACAAUGA